CCAGGGGUCAUGAUCAAUUUAGAUGUGAUUCUGUUGGUGAAACCUCUCCUUACUGUACUUGCUAUGUUUAAUUUUGUUUUUAAGAUGGAAUGAGGAUGCCAUUUUUGCUUUAAUUCUUAUUGUUGUUGCUCCCAAUUCUCAUACCCAUCAACCAUGGCCUUAUCUUCUACUUGCUUUUCUCACUCUCAAUUCUCACUCAAGAUGGACUGCUGGACACCUGCUCUGUCGUCAAAUAUCCUAUGUUAUAUCAGGAGGAACCAGCCUCCAUCCUUUACACUUCAAACAAUAAACUCAAACCUUUUAAGUCAACAAGUUCAGAAACGAAGAACCAAGCAUGGCAAUGGAUGGAGUUUCCUCGGAGGAUCAAGAGUAAUGUCUCAGCCUAACCUCCAAAAUCUUCCACAAAGAAGAAGCUACAGGGUGUCUGCUAUGUGGUUGCCUAGUUCUCAAGUAGCUAGUAGUGUCUUUACACUAGGAACAGCAGGCGUUCUUCCAUUUUACACCCUCAUGGUUGCAGCACCUAAAGCAGAACUUACCAGAAAAUUGAUGGAUAGUGCAAUACCAUAUAUUGUGCUCGGACUUCUGUACGCAUAUCUGUUGUACUUGUCUUGGACACCAGAUACAAUUCGGCUGAUGUUUGCUAGUAAAUACUGGCUUCCAGAGCUGUCUGGUAUAGCAAAGAUGUUCUCCAGUGAGAUGACAUUAGCAUCUGCUUGGAUUCACCUAUUGGCUGUAGAUCUUUUUGCUGCAAGGCAAGUUUAUCAUGAUGGCUUGCAAAACGGUAUAGAAACGCGUCAUUCUGUGUCUCUCUGCUUGCUAUUUUGCCCCAUUGGGAUUGUUAUUCAUCUCCUCACCAAAGCUGUACGAAGUAGUGCAGAAAAAACAGUGCUUAGAACUCACUGACAGAGAUUCAACAAUUGUUGCCUGUUAACGACUAAUGUAACUGUGAACAAAGGGUGAUCUUCAUAAGUGUGCAAAUUUGUAUAUCAUUGAUCCAACACUGCUUGAAGCAUUCGAAUUGAUGAGCUCUCCUUAUAUUUUUCAGUAAAUCUAAAUUCUUUUAAGAUGGCCGAA